AUGACAGAGGCUAAAUCAGUUUGUACUCCUAUUGCUAAUCAUUUCAAACUCUCAGCAGAGAAUUCACCUAAAGAAUCUGACAUUGAAUAUCAGAAGGUAAUGUCAACUAUCCCCUAUUCCCAAGUUGUAGGAAGCCUAAUGUAUCUAAUGGUGUCUACAAGGCUAGAUAUUGCUUAUGCUACUAGUCUGGUAAGUAGAUAUAUGGCUAAUCCGGGUAAGAGGCACUGGGAGGCAACUAAGUGGAUAAUGAGAUACCUUAAAGGCACUACAAGUGCUAAACUAAUGUAUCAACAGCUUCCAAACAGAGAACCAAAACUAAUUGGGUAUGUUGACUCUGACUAUGCUGGAGACCUAGACAAGAGAAGAUCCUUAUCAGGCUAUAUCUUCCUAUAUGGAAGGUGUGUUCUAAGCCGGAAGGCUACAUUGCAAUCAAUAGUAGCCCUUUCUACUACUGAGAGAGAGUUUAUUGCUCUUUCAGAAGCAGUAAAAGAGGGUUUAUGGCUGAAGGGUCUUCUAAGUGAUUUCGGGAUCAAAUAG